GCUCGAAGGUACUGCUCCCGGACGGCGAGGAGGAGAAACUGAAAUGGCUCCACAACCUGCUUGACGCCGACCCGCUUGAAGACUGUUGGCAGACCAUCUACCUGGUUUUCGUGGACUACGACUUCCCCGAGGACCUCCACGACGCCCUCGACUUUCCUUCUCCUUGCCGAAUGUUGGUGCCUGUUGAAGAAGUGGGGCCCUACACGAAAGAGGCCAUGCGCGGUCUCCAGCCUUCCGAGAAGUUGGUUCCUUUUCUUGUCUGGAAAGUUCACAGGGCUUACAGCUUCGACACCUGGCCCGUCCUGAAGAACUUCAUGGAGCAGGCGUAUGCCUACAGGAGGCAGCUCAAGGACGAAGGUCGAAACACCGAGCAAGGCUUCGUGAAGCUCACGGUCAACAGCAUCUACGGCAAGACCGUCCAGAAUCAGGAGCGCUACCGAAACAGCACCCACUACUUCGACCCGAUCUCCUUCAGCAGGGCUCAGGUUGACGGCGCCGUUGCGGACUUCAACACGGAGAUCUUUGAGCCCGACGCCUUCAUGGCCACCGUGCGGCGAGUUCGAGCCGCCGACAAGAACGUGAAUCGCAGCCCGGUGCAAGUCGGUUGGGCUGUUUUGGAAGAGUCCAAGCUCGAUCUGGCCAUCAAGUACUGGGUGGGACUAAAAUCCGUGCUCCCGAGGAUGGUGCCGCUUUUCACGGAUACCGACAGCAUCGCCCUGGAGAUCAUCGGCCCCGAGGACCCAGUACCGUUGCUCGCGCAGGCCAACCUCGACCUCCCUGUGGAACUGGACCUCCUUGGUGACGCCAAAGUGGCGGAAUUCGAGCUGAUCUACAGGGAUGUGAUUUCCAAACCCUCCAUGGACAGGCUGAAGGAGUUGAGGGGUAAACUUGGAGCUCUGGCUGACGAGUGCGGUGGGCUCAAGAUCCUCAGCGUGGUGUGCUUGGGCGUCAAGAAGUACAGCAUCCUCCUUAGCAAGGACAAGCAGGUUCAGAAGGCCAAGGGUGUUGCCAGGAGCAUUCGUGAGCGCACCAAGCACGACGAGUACCUCCGCAUCCACAGCGAGAAUGCCGUCAGGUACGACAGCUCUGUCCAGCUGCGGUCCACAAACCACCAGAUGCAGAUCACCCUGGAGGAGAAGAAAACCUAUCGUGUGAUGAAUGACAAGGCCUUCCAGCUCACCAAGGAGUACUGCAGACCCCUAGGCCAUUGGCGCAACGCUUAUGUGGGUUUGUGGAUGAAGAUUCAAGGCCGCAAGCCCAUCUUUGACAAGAUCAUGGAGUACGUGCGCGGUCCAGCUCCUCGUAUGCAUCCAGAAUUGAUGUCCAGAUACAAACACCGCUUCACAGGACGUUGA